AUGGCAGGCAGGAGUACGGCACCCCAUCAAACGCAAGAGUUGCGGAAAUCUCAACAAAAAGUACGUGAAUCUAAACAACAACAACAACAACUCAAUCAAAGCAAACAACCACAACAACAACAACAACAACAACAACAACAACAAUCACCACAAAAACAACAAGAGCAACAACGACAAAAUGGAAAAGUGAUAGCCAAACCAUCAUCUUCUUUAUCUUCCUCUUCUUCCUCUUCUUCUUCUUUUAUUGCUGUGAUGCUGCAAAUGGCUGUCUGUGUUGUUGGGAUUUAUGUUUGUUUUGGUCUCUGGUCUAUUAAACAAGAGCGUGUGGUCACCAAGCCGUAUUAUCCUGCUGAAGUGAAUGGAAAGAUGGGUGAGGGAUCAAAGUUAUCUACUGUCUUUGUGCUUGGAUUUGCUCAGGCCUCUGCGGCUGUCUGUGUGGGUUUACUCUUGUUACUAUCUCAAUCUUUACAUGCUCGAUUUUCUUCCACUGCGAAGGUAAAUAAACAAACCGACAAGGAAAUAAUAAUAACAACUGCAAAGACAAAUACCAAAACUGUAUCCAUCACACCCACAACGACGAAAAAGAAGUUGACAUCCUCAUCCAAGUCAAAGGAGGAUACUCAUCAUCAUCAUCAUCAUGAUAAGAAAACAAUAUUUAGUAAACAUCGUCAUACAUUACUUUUAACUAUUCUUAUGGGCUUUACAAAUGCCUUUGGCUCAACUUUGGGAUAUGCGGCGAUGCGACGACUUCCCUAUCCUGUUGUUCUCGCUACUAAAAUGUCUAAAAUGGUUCCUGUUAUGUUAGUGGGUUUCUUUUGGUAUGGAACUCGUUAUUCCCUUGGUAAGUGUAUGGCUGCCGCUCUCAUCACAGGAGGAGUUCUCUGUUUUUAUUUACUGGAGGAAGUUCAUCAUCCACAUCAGAAGAGUAAACCCAAUAGUAGUAAUAGUAAUAGUAAUAAUAAUAGUAGCACGACUGGACCAACAGCUUGGAUAGGGUUUUUCUUACUUUUUCUGAAUCUCCUCACCGAUGGAUUCACCAACUCCACACAGGAUGUACUUGUGAAGACCCAACGUUGGACUGGGAAUCAACUCAUGGUAUUUACCAAUCUCUCUAGUGGAUUAUGGUUAGCGCUUGUGUUGAUCGCAUUGGAAAUCCUUCAUCCACUCACCACACUAUGGCUGGAAACAGAAACUACUCCUAAUAUGCAAACAACACUCUUUUCACCUCUUCUCAUGUAUGUAGAUUCCAUCAUACGAUGGUUACUACGUGAAGUGGCUCCAUUGCAGGACUUUUCACACACAUGGCGUUUCUUUCAACGACAUCCAGAUGCCAUGUAUGAUGUGGCAGUGAUGAGUUGUAUGAAUGCGGUUGGGCAAAUAUUUGUUUUCCGCACCAUUACACUCUUUGGCACACUUACAUUAACGGCGUUAACACUAUUACGAAAGUCUGGUAGUGUGGUCUUAUCUAUAUUAGUGCAUGGCCAUCAUGUGGCCUUUGGACAGUGGCUGGCGUUAAUUGCCGUAUUCGCCGGGGCCGUCUGGGAAGGGCUUAUGCACGCACGGAAGACACCUGCAAAGAAAAAGACCGCGUGA